AAAAACAGUUAUCUAAACAUACAGACACAGAACGGUUGUAACGAUUAUGCACUUAUGGUUACCUUCAACUUUUACCGUCCACCAAAACACCCACCAAAUAUGCCGGGACCUAAAGGUGGAAAACUAACGGCAAGGAAUAAUUAAGUUGUGCGGCAUUAUUUCGCAAUGCAUACAAACUGCCCCGUUGUGCUCUGAUUAGGACGAGGUUGUGGAGGGUUUGUUUUUUCGUUAGGGGUUUAUGGGGCCCAAUCAAAGAUAUUUUCGAUGGUGUGCAAAAUUUAGUGGCGUUUGUUUAUUAGCUUUCCACUUUUGCGUACACGAUCAAUAAAUUGAUCGUUUUGUAUUGUGUCUUAGUUUGUGUACAACUUAUAUUAUGUACACCUGGUUUUAUGAUGCAUUUAAAAUACACUGUUUAUGCUUUUGUUAACGAGGCAUAAGCGUACAUCCUUAUACACAGUUUAAUUGCUGCCCAUAAUUAGCGAGAUGCUAAUGAUGGUUACAAUCAUUUGUCAGAUCCUCUGUGUGGCACCAUUUCGUUGUUGCAUAACAUUGACCAGCCAUCAACCACACUGCUUCGCAUUACAUCAAUUUCCUGGACAAUAAAUAAAAUAUUUUAUUGCAAAAAGGCAUGUUUCAUCAUUCUAAUAAAAGCACCAUAAACUUCCGUGCACGUCCCGCUAAAGCUUAGCCGAAGCGAUCGGACCUUAAACGUAACCGAUUUAACUGCUCGCCCAAGUUCCGGAAUCAAAAUUUACAUGAUGAACAUAAUUUCUCACACACUUUGCGCACUGAUAGUGUGAGCAUUGAAUGGUUCCCGGUACUCGGAAGGAAACCAACUGGCAGGCGGCCAAUUGUUUUGCCAGUGUUAACGGCUAUGUAAUGAUCUGCACGCCGGUGAGCAGUUAAACCCCUUUGGCAAAGAUUAGCGCAUUGCGCUAAUUGUGCGUAAGGGUUUGAUUAAAGCGGAAGUUUGUGUUUGUAUGUGUUGCUAAAACAGGGGUACAAUGAUCGAGAAGCACGUGCGAACGUAUACCGCACAUUACCGUGCAUUUAAGCGUUUAUUGCUGAACCACACAUUUGGCUAAAUGAGUUUACUCUCGCUGAGGUUAGGGUGCUGAAAACUGGGAAGCAUCUCAUCUGACGACUGUCAAACGUUGAUCGUAUACCCAUACAGACAGCGGUUUCCGAGUGCUAGAGUGUUAGGAUAGGGAGAUGGUUGUUGUUUGCUUCCCAGGUAUCUGCUUAGAUCCACGAACGUACGACGAGCACGGCACACACAAAUCAGACGAGACAGAUAUGUGUCGGCUGGGGUUGAGCGAGCCCGUGGGACUAGUGAAAGUAGUCAAUCCACUUUGUUUUCGGGUUCCCUCCCCAAGAGCAGAAACCCGGGGGGAGACAAUACAGUGAAGCGGCAGUGUGUAGCAACCGGUGGAUGAUCAUCAUCAAACGCUUUAGACGCUCUAUUGCGAGGUAGCGCGACUCGUUGAACCCCUAACCUCAACUAUAGACACAACACGUCAAAGGACUUAACCUGUCACAAUGAUACGAGUCGACAAGAUACUGCCCUGGUUGGUACUAGGACUGAUGAUCAUGCUGAUACAACGUCCUGUCCAGGGAUACGAUCCAACCGACAAGGAAAUUGCAAACAUCGUCCCACCGAAGGGAACGUUCGAUGCGUUCUACCCCCGGGAAAUGUACGGCGUAAAGAAUGGGAAUGCACGUCCCGCUCAUGCCCACGGAAGUUUCUACGCACACCGUAAUCCGGCCCUGGUUGAGGUGCGUAAUGCAGCCGCGUACGGAUUCCGGUUCGAUGGUAAACGUCGGUUUAAUUUCGAUUAGAGCGAGUGUGCUAUUCUGCCUCACCGCUUUCGGAUGUGUAACGCAUUUAAUAUGUUUUUCUUUUCAAUAAAAUAAUAAUAGCAACGCAAUACAAACUCCAUCUG